UAGAUGAAGUCGGAGGAGGUGGAGAAGGAGGAGGCAGAUCCCGCUGCAAAUAUGGAAGCACUUACAACCCUGUCAAGGGUUAAAAAAAAAAAAAAAGACUGGAGGAUAAAAAGAGGCAAAAGCCGUCAGAGUCGGUAAGUGGCGGCGUUUCUCUGAGAGCAUCCAGAAGGAGGGAGCUUCCAUCCAGCACCAGGUGCUCUCCAGCAAAGAACGGAUAAAGCGAUCGUCUCUUUUCCGUACCUGCUCCAUCACCUCCAUCAUCUUCGUCAUCGUGGAAGUACAUGGUCGACAAGUCUGGACUUUCCCCCGCGGAUGUCGGCAGCCCGGCUCUGAAUGCGACCGCCCGCCAGGAGCCCAAAUGCGUUUGCCACUUGUCGCCAUUGCGAUGUCUUUCCUUUGCGACGCCUUGAGGAGCGCGAGUCGGUCGGACGCUCAGCGAGAUUGGUCGGGGAGUUGCGUGAACUGCAAAGAGUGUUCCCGCGACAACGGCUGCGUCCGCUGCGCCCAGCGCCUCUUCCUGCUGCUGCUGCGGCACGGCAUGUCCCACCACGGCAGUUGCCUGACCACCUGCCCCAAAGGAUAUUUUGGACAGAGGGGACCCCGCCUCAACCGCUGCCUGAAGUGUCGCCCAGCGAACUGUGAGCACUGCUUCGGUCGGGAUUUUUGCACCCAGUGCAAAUCCGGUUUCCGGCUCUACAUGGGCCACUGCAUAAACGACUGUCCCGCGGGAACUGUCAUGAACAACAACGAAUGUCUUGAUGACUGCAUCCCAGUUCCGCUGACCGAAUGGAGCGCGUGGAGCGCCUGCCUCCGAAACGGCAGCCCCUGCGGCGUCAGGUUGGGACAACAGACCCGCACGCGGGACAUCGCCGCUUCUGACUUUACGCCAAGCCCCGACUGGACCACCUGCCCGUCUCGCAGCCAGACCAGGAGUUGCAGGAUGAACACCGUGUGCCCAACAGACAGCAGAAGGCUGAUGGCGCGAGGGAGAGGCCGCAAGCGUAAGUCCAAACCGCUUUGGAUGCUGGCCAACAGCAACGCUCGCAACAUCUUCUGAGUGCGCCUUUGACCGCGACCGCCCGUCCGCCACGAUUUACACGCAGGCAAAUACAAGGACACCCUUUUGUCAACUGAGCACACACCUAAAACAAGAAAUACAAGGAGAUCAAAAAAUCUCCCGGCAUGGCAGGGGGCGGAGCUACGUGGUGGCCAAUGGGACUGAUUCUCUGACCACCCCUUACAUCCAGGGGUUGAUGUUCAUGAAGGCCAUCGUGCGGCGUCACUGCCGCGCGUUCAACUGAAGCUCCUGGAUGCCGGGCCUCUCUCCACUCGCUCCAAUCCAGCACCCACCCAAACGUGUCUCCGUACGAUUGCAAAAUUAGUUUACGGGAGGGGGGGGAUUCCCGAAUCGACUCGCUGUGCGAUCGCCCUCAUGCACGCUCAGGCAGAAAUGUGUGGGGAUGCACACUCGCGGAAACGCUAAGGAUAAACACACUAUGUCAUAUGCAAAUGUUCUCAGCAAAUUUCUGCCUAGCAACACGUGCUUCAAGUUACCAGCCCAAAACUUUCAACUGCGCCGUCUUUCCAAAGCGACGCCGUCAAAGUCCUGUGCAAACGACUGGUUGAAUGCUGACGCGCACGUCGACAAGAAGAAAAGCUUUAAAAUGUCAACUUGCGCAAGGCGGGACGGGUCAGAGGUCAAAAUUCAAACUCCGUUUGGCAAGCGAGAUCUCAGCAACAGCGAGUAAGCGUUGAUCAACUUUAGCACAAAGUCUCGUAUGCAAAUGCCGACUGAGGAUGCAUGAGGACGUUUAUUAUAUUUGUGUGUGUGUGUGUUUGUUGGAUAUAUCUGUAAAACUGAAGACGAGAGUGCUAUGUUAUUUAAUAUUAUUAUAAAAUGCCUUUUGUACCUAAUAAAGACCAUUCCCUCAAUUAAA